UUAUUAAAAGCAUUCCUUUCAUAAACAAUACGAGCAAUAUGGACACACUGUCAUGAAGCUAAAUCAGAUAGAAGAUUUAGCAUGAGUCAUUUUAUUACAAUAGCCCUUUUAGAUUACUUUCUGUUUAUACCUCAUGUCUACAUUUUUUGGCCUUGGAUCUGAGUAGAUUGUGAAACCCUGAAUGGUUGCUGUGACUGCCUUUUUAUUUAUUUUCUUGUACUUUACACAUUAUUUUAUUUUGUAUAUAUUUUUCUUUUUUAUUUGUCUUUAAAUGUGGAAAAUGAAAAAAAAAUCUAUAAUGGUGUAAAUCACACUUACAUAUUUUCUUAAAAAUAACGAACUAGUCAAGUCAUAUUUGCCAGCAAGAGCUGCCAAAAAAAAUAAGCUUUGUACGUAAUUGUGAAAAUAUUUUGGUCCUCUUUUCCUUGCAGAAUUGUUUUAAUUCAGCCACUUAAGUUUGUGGAAUAUUUUCCCAAAAGAUGUGAUUUAGGAAAAUAUGAGAAUAUGAUGUUUGUAUUAGUUUUUGCCUGGGAAAUAUUCCAUGAAUCACAUUUUUGUUAGAUCUCUUUCAUAAGAAUACUGAUCUCUACAGAGACAAAUAAAUCAGACAUCGCUUUAGAUGUUCUUUUGUGACUUUAGUUAAGUCAUUGGUGCGCUCUGUGGUGUAGCCACUACUUGUCCAUUUGUAGAUAACGGCUUUCAAUCGUUUGUCCUGGAGUCCCAAAGUCUUACAAAUGACUUUGUUUGUCAUCUGUUCUUGAAUAUCUAUAGAUUUGAUGUGUUUCUUUUACCUCCUUAAUUCAGCCUGACAUUAAGUGAUUUCUUAUUGCUAGACAUUAGUCAGAAAUCAAGCCUGAAUUUGACUAAGGAGACUUAACCAAAACAUAAAGUUAAUCCCAAUUAUUAUUAAUUAGUAAGAGGGACAGGGGUGGGGCCUGUUUCUUUAAUAAAUAAAUCAUGAUCAUACUUUUGAUUUUUGCUCAGUUAUCUUUAAUAUUGCAAAGCUGACACAUUUUUAUAACAGUUCAUAUUAUAAACAGUAAUAGAAAUAUUAAUAAUACAAUGUAGCUCUAAACAGAUGGAACUUUCCAUUAGAUCUGACCUCUGUGAUCUUGCAGCUCAUAGCAUUACCCAAUAUAGCUGCAGAAACACACUUCUGCUGUUGGGAGCUCAGUGUGCAGUGUGUUAAUGGAACCAGCUCAUGUGAGACAGAUGAACUGGCAUCUAUUGCCUGCAAUGAGCUAAUGAAGAAGCUGCAUUUGCUUUUCAUUUUCUGUGCUGUCUUCCUUAGUCACAUGGGUUCGUUUAUAGUGCUGAUUGCAACAAGGCUUUGUUGUCAUAGCCACUCACUUCCUUGUGUCUUUAGCCAAACUUGAAAGUCAUUCAUUCACCAAGACCUUUACUCAGUCGGCACUUAAGAAGAGAGGAGCAGCACUGGAGCUUAGAUUGAGAAGACUCACUUGAAGUAACAACAACUGGAGUAAAUCGAGUGGAAAAACAAAGGACCACACCACUUUGUCUCACUUAGAUAGCAGAACACCACUGGAAUUAUCAUCUCAAAGAAAAUAAACAUCUCCAGAGUGAAAAGCUAACCAACGUGUUUUACUACGACCAGCCGGGGGUUCAGAUAAAUGGCUGAUAAAAAAAUCAGUUUGCCUGCCAAAUUGAUCAAUGGAGGGAUUGCUGGGAUUGUCGGAGUGACCUGUGUGUUUCCCAUUGACCUGGCCAAGACUCGCCUGCAAAACCAGCAAAAUGGAUCUCGCCUUUAUACCAGCAUGUCAGACUGCCUUAUUAAGACCAUUCGAUCAGAGGGGUAUUUUGGGAUGUACAGAGGAGCUGCGGUGAAUCUAACACUGGUUACACCAGAGAAGGCUAUCAAAUUGGCUGCUAAUGACUUCUUCAGGCAUCACCUCUCCAAGGAUGGAAAGCUCACUCUGGUCAAAGAGAUGCUGGCUGGGUGCGGAGCGGGUUCAUGCCAGGUCAUUGUAACAACUCCUAUGGAGAUGUUGAAAAUCCAGCUGCAAGAUGCAGGGAGGCUUGCUGCUCAGAGGAAGCUCAUGCCAGAGACGGUGGCAGCAGGAACAGUGGAGACAAAGUCCCCGACAGCCAUGCAGAUCACUAGACAAUUACUGAGGGAAAAGGGUAUUGCUGGACUCUAUAAGGGCCUUGGUGCCACACUGCUCAGGGACGUUCCUUUCUCCAUCAUCUACUUCCCCCUUUUUGCUAAUCUGAAUAACCUGGGGAAGAAAGACGCCGGGGGCACCGCUCCUUUUUACGUGUCGUUCAUAUCAGGCUGCGUUGCAGGAAGCACAGCGGCUGUUGCAGUCAACCCUGUUGAUGUGAUAAAGACUAGACUUCAGUCCCUGACUCGAGGAAGCACAGAAGACACGUACUCUGGAGUGAUCGACUGUAUCAGAAAAAUCAUGCGCAACGAGGGUCCGUCAGCCUUCCUGAAGGGAGCCUACUGUCGCGCCCUGGUCAUCGCACCUCUGUUCGGCAUCGCCCAGGUCGUCUACUUUCUGGGUGUGGGCGAAUAUAUCCUCAGCUUCUUGCCUAAGAAAAACAACUAAGACGCACCUCUCUUCUGCCUUCCCUCCCAUGAUGCAUUACAUCAGCUCCACGAGGAUUCGUCUGAUUCUUAGAGGUUUUUAUUUUUAUUUUUGAUCUCAUUUAUUUUUGUUUUUAAAUUGUUGUGCUGAAUGUUUAAAAAGUUCAGAGGGGAGCCUUUGUUUUGCCAAGAUGCCUGUGGCAGCGCACAAGUUUCCAGUUGGGAAGCUCCGCCACAGCAGCUUUCUGGAAAUCAUGCUACAAACAGAGGUCUGUAAUUAAGUGAUUUUAUUGUACUUUAAAAUAUGAUUGUCAAACUUAGCAAAUUAGAUGUACUGCCCUUGGCUGUAGCUGCUUUACAAGCCAUUCAGUAAUGCUCUUUGGAGGCUUCAUUACCCUUUUAAUGUCAGAACAUCCUGUUUCAUUCAAUGGGAAAUUUCCAUUUUCCACUGACCUAAAUUGAGCAAUAAAGUCAAAAUCUUCUGUUAGAAACAUAUAGAAAAUCUGGUGUAGGCAUGGGCCAGUAUGAAAUUCUCAUGGUAUGACAAAAACCAUGUUAUUACUGGUUUAGACAUAAAUUCUGAAACAAUUCAUAAAAUUCUUUUAAUUUGAAGUUGAAAAUCAAACAAGUAUUGCUACUCCUGCUAAAAUUAUACUACAGUGAGUUAUAAUAUUGUUAAAUAUCAAAUAUUUUAUGAUUAAGAAUAUUCAUAUUUUAUUGAUAAAUGGACACAAGCAAAUAUGCAAGGAUUUAGCUUAUUAUUAUGCAGAACAUAAAUUAUACACAUACUUUUGUGGUUUUGUUGUUUAGAGAGAAACUAUAGGGUCUGAUAAUGUUAUUAGCUGGUUAAUUAGAUAGCUAGCCUGCAGCCGGCUGCUGAACAGACAAGUGACAGGUGGAAAUCAGUUGGCUUUCAUGAACAGCAAAUUUUGUUCUUUCUUGAACACAAGGGCAAAAGAUCAUGGCCUUUUUCAGCUAGCUGACCAACAGCGUGCAGAUUUAGUUUGGGGAGGAGCUUUGAAAAAUGUGUUGUUAUUUCCGGUGCUCCUUCUUGACUUUUAGUUGAAAUAACUGUAAAUCUUCAGUGAGUUUUAAGCUGUAACUUUUUAAAACCAUCAUAAUACAUUGAUUUUAGUAACCAGCCCAUGCCGAAUCUGGAGCUUUAGUGGAUCACUUAAAAAAAAGCCACACAGUUUUUAUGUAAUGAGAGAAUACUAAACAGUGGGAGUCUGGUUCAUGCCAAGUCCCAGGGCAGCGUGUUGAUGCGAUACCAGCUCACUCCCUGUAAUCUUUCCAGGGAAUCCACUUCCCUCUCCCUGUACAGUAAGUGGUUGUAAUGAACUCAGCGGUUCAGCUCUGAGCAGGCUUUGAUUGCCUUGGCUUUUUAAGGAGAUCAGGUUCCAUUUGAUAUUUAGCUUAGCCACAGUGGUUCGACUGUUUGGCCUCCGAGAACAAUGUCUGUUUUUUGUUCUCACACCAUGCAACUUCACACAGUAACUAUGUGUUGCUGAAGUUUAAAUUUGAAACAAAAUCACAGUUGAGUGAUCAACGAGGGGAUUGCUUUUGAGCUUUAAGACCCUUGUGUGCUGAAAUAUUCUGCAAUCUGUGAUUUACUGUGGAUUUCUAGCUGGUCAGACAUCAUGUUGUGAAACCCGUAGGCGCAGACUUAUUGUUUUUCUUUUUUUGUUUGUUUGUAUACACAAGAGUUUGCUCUUCAUUUUCCAGCUUUGUCCAAACUUGCAUUCAGUGGCAGGACCCAAAGAGCUAAUGAAAAACCUUUUCAUUUAUUUGAAAAGUCAGACCAGAGCUCUCUCAGUGAUGUGCGAUUUGUACCAAACAUUUCUGCUUGUUUGCUUUAGAGGUUUUGUUUGCUUUAAGCCACCGGGUGUAAAAAAGAACAGUCCUGUCGUAUCUUGUUUACGCAGCACAACAUUGAGGCGCCCUGCCAUUGGUGUAUUUAGUCGGAGAUCAAGGUGACUUUGAUGUGUACUAUCCAAUCACAUUCCUUCCUUGCUCCCACUGGUCAAGCAGCUCUUCACUUGUUCUGUUGCACUUCUGAUGCAACGUUUUCAGUGUGAUUAAAUUUGUGGGAGUGAGCUUUAUUUAUAGAUAUUCCCUCCUAGAAGCAGUAUGGUGUUUUAUAUUUGUAUGUUUGUUUGUUUUUUUAGUGUUGUAUUGUCUACUUUGUUAUCUAUAUUGUACAUAUUGAGAUGAAAUGAACUCUGUUUUAGAAUUUGUUUUUGUACAUUAUGGCUUAUUUGCACACCUACCUCUCCUCCUCCCCCAUUCAAUCCAUAUUGUGGUAAUUUUAUGUUCGGAACAUCAAAGAUUUUUUUUAUUACUGUGCACCAACACUAGCUGAUCUUCAGAUGAAUUUUUUUUUGGGAGGUGCCAUUUUCCCUGGACUAUGAGUUGAAUCUGUGGGUUCAGCCAUUUGUUGUAACACAGGACCAAAUGAAGAAUCUAACUGCUGAAGUUUAAUUUCAAGUGAAUGGCAUAAUGAUAAAUAAAUGCACAUGGAGGAAGACGAGCUCGAAGGAAGCUGUUAUGUCAACGUCUGAAUGGUGCGUCUUCUAUGAGGCUGCUGCAAUAUAUGAGAGGCUGCACUAAAAACCGAGGCGGCUAAACUCAGCCUCUCUCCACGUCUUACUGUAACCGAAAGCCAUAAAUCAGGGAGGAGACCGCUAGACACCAAGUGGAACCUUUCAACAGUGGAAGCAGACAAUAGGGAGGUGAAAAGGGCAAAAAGACCCACCAACUCAUUUAAACUUGCCUUUAUUAUUAAUAUUAUUUUCUUUGACAUUCCGACUUGAUUUUUUAUGCAUUUCUGUUCAGAAAUUUAUAUGCAGUUAUUGGGAUGGAUUUAAUUUAACUUUUCUUUUUCCAGGUUGGAGAGAUGAUACUUUGUACAACUAUGGUUUUUAAGAACAAUAAUUGGGUGCUUAGUAUAGGUAUGGGUCUAAAUCCACAUAGGGUCAAAAUUAUACAUUGCAUUGGUUAAAUGCUCCAUGAGACAAGCAGCAAAGCAGACCCUUACAAAAAAAAAUCCCAUAAAAAUCCCAUGUGCCACAUGAAAGCCACACAUGUGGUUCGCACAACUUUUCACAUAUGAAUCACAUGUGAAAGCACAUGUAUAUGUGAGUUUGGAACAUUUUGUGGUAUGCACAUGAACUAAGGCACAUGUGAUGCACAUGGGAUACACAUGUGAUGUCCAAGGGAAAAACAUGGGAAUCACAUGGGUUUUUACCACAAAAUAUUCCAAAAUCACAUGUAAACAUGUGAAAAUUUGUGUGAACCACAUGUGCUUUUUUAUGAGGUACAUGAUUUUCAGAUGUGAUUUUUACAUGUAAAAUGAAUGAGAUUUCUUAUUACAUAUUCAGUAUAAUCACCGAAUCUUCACAAACAAUCUGAUCAGAUGUGGUGCACAUGUGUGAAAUAUGUGAUCACAUGUGAUACCAUGUUGAAUAAACCAUGGAUCACAUGAACAAAAUGUAGAAAAUGAGAGCCACAUGUGGAACAUGGGAUUUUUUUGAAAGGGGACUCUUAGCAUGAUGCUGCCUUGGUGCUAUCAGGGAUGUCACAUUGACUCCACCGAGCCUUUUUUUUAGUGUUGUGAUAAAACUAUACAUUUCUGGAAAGGCCUUGAUAUCAACUCUACUAAAGAUAUGAGAGUAAUUCUUUAAUGUGGGAACUUAACAAGCCAAUAAGAACAUUGAUCAGAUAUCUAGAAUUAUGCCUGAAGCUUGUUGAAGGUCUUCGAAAACAUCUAAGUGACUCAAGACAUUUUGCCAAAUAUACAUAAUGAGAAACAGAGAAAAUUCACGCUGUUUUAAAAACUGUAAAACUAGUUUUGAGAUGUAUUAUUGUUCCAACCUGGAAAAGAGAAGAGCUGAAAUGCAUCAUUAAAAGCCCAACGUUAAACAUUUCUGCUCUAAGUAGGUGAAUGUAAAGUUCUGUCCAGAACCCGUAUGCUGUGAUUAUGGUGAAAUGAUCUGUUGUAGUGUUGUUGAUAUUACUGCUUGAUUUAUUUUCAAACCUCAUCCCUCCUCCUUCUCCCUCUUUAGAUUGUUUUCAUCAGUUUUCAGCUGAAUCUUGAAAUUCUUCUUGCUUUCUUUUGUUUUGUUUUUUAUGCACCUGUGAAUUGUUUCACCGACCUUGUGCAUUUGGUUGUGUAUGUGCGUGUGUGUUAGUGUUGCGUCUGAUAGUGUAGUGCUGUAGUUGAAGUGUAGUUGUUGGUGUGCUAUGGUUUCUCUUUUUUUUCUCUCUCUGUUUACUCUCUCUGUGUGUUUUAUUUUUGUCACAAUCCUCUGCCAGUAUGCAGGUUGUGUGCAGAGAAACUUCUAAAAACACCAAAUGUACUAUUCGGAGUGUGUACAAUCGAGAAAGCACAAGGGACUUUUAGGUAUAAGAUAGCACAUGUUUCUCUCUAAAUACUCCACAAGCUGUUUUGGAGAACAUGUAUCAAAGUGAUUUAUUUCUUUGAAUCUGUUGCUAUGAAUUCCUGUAUAAAAGAAACAUAUUUAUCUGCAGUGCUAGUCAGAACUUUGCGUGCACUCAUCAAAUCAUUACACUUAAUUAUUUGAGUUGAGGUUUUGCCUGGAUUCCGAAAGGUAGUGAUGCAUUGUCAUUUGGGUGCACAAGUUUGAAUUCAAUUUGAUUAGGUGACAUUUUUAAACCUUUAUUUCUGUUAAUUGUAAAAGUUGAUGAAAGAUUGUCCUUUAAUUUCUUGCAAGAUUAGAACAUUACAUUGGACCAGUACAAAAUGAAGGUGAACUACUUGCAGUAAUCAGACGUCUGGCUGAAAUCUAAGUGUUUUUGACUAUUUUAACAGACACAUUAAAACUGUUUUUUAAAGAUGUACAGCAGGUUAAUGUUAAGUUUUUAGAAAUCCUUGACCUCAACUAUAUAGAAAUUUUUUUUGCAGUGCUAAUCUUGAAAUUAAAUAAACAUUUAAUGACAUUGAUUUGACCAUCAUCAAGAAGUGAGGUCAAAAAUCUAGGCAGAAACAUGUCAGACGCUAUAACAGUCAUGCUGUCAAGGUGCAAGUAGCGAAGAAGAUAAUGGGACUCAAAUGUAAAUUUUUUCACCCUGUGUGGGCUAGAAAAACAAUCCAUGAUAAAUUCAAACUUGCUGUUUUUAAAAGACUUUAAAGUUGUAUAAUUACUCCUCCAUGUGCAAAGAUUAGUUUCAGUUAAUCAGAAAGCGUACCCAAAUUAUUCGGAGUGUAUGCAAACAUCUGACCAGCACUCUGUAUUUAUCUAUGUCUGUAAACCUAGAGGGCUGAGACAGAGACCCAUAUGAUAGUGUCCACUAUGUUAGCUAUAAGCAGUAAGCCACAAGAUGUAUAUCGCCUACAUAUUCUAUAUGAAUCAGAUAUAAGAAUGUAAUAUUAUGAGAUGUAUUAUAAUUAUUGUGAAGAGUUUAUAACAUUUUAAUCUAAAGAUUUGUGCUUUACACUUUCACUGAACAAUUCAUGAGCCAGCUUACUGUUAUGCAAUAAGUAGCCACACACACUUGGUCAUUAAGAGAGGAGGCACUGAAUACAAUCAUGUAAUCACAGCAUCAAUACACACAGAGAGUAUUAUUAUUGCAACCAUGAAGCUCAGAGGCCGUUUGGACUCUGCGCUCACCUCACCGCCCUUGUUCUCUUCCUCCAAGAGGAACUGUGCAAUGAAGCACUUUAAAAAACGAGGACCCCCGCCUUCGAUCUGCUAAGCCUCUCUAUCACAGAGGCCGUUUAUGAGGUAGUGUGGUGAAAGGCACAGUUGUCUGUUAACAUUUGUCUGCAACGCAGUGGAAAAGAAAAAAAAAUGUGUUCUGUGUCACAAUUUACUGUUCAAUAAACUGACUGUCCUUAAA